UUUAGCAUCUUUUAAAGUUUUAGACUUCAGAGUUCAUUCAGUUAUUUACCUUUGUUUAUUUAGCGCUAUGGUUUGGUGAUGGAUCAUUACAAUGCGUUGACUGCCGGCUUAUUAUGAGUUUAAAUAUAAUCCGCUGCCUGCAUCGGAAAGCAUCUCUCUCGUUGUUACGGUAUCCUUCACAAAUCCGGAACAAUUUCGUGUCACUAGCGACUGCCCGACUUCAUCACACCACAGCAUCAGUUGAGUCUGUGUUUCCUCUGGGAAAAUCCCGUGUGUUAAGUGUGUUCCAGUCCAAGGUUUGUGCAUUAACGACAAUGGCUUCCCAUCAAGAGAAUCGGCUGGCACAAGAAAAAUCACCUUAUCUGCUGCAACACAAAACUAAUCCCGUUGACUGGUAUCCAUGGGGUGUGGAAGCCUUCGAGAAGUCAAAACGGGAAAAUAAGCUGAUUUUCUUAUCGGUUGGCUACAGCACCUGUCACUGGUGUCAUGUUAUGGAGCGGGAAUCAUUUGAGAAUGAGGCCAUAGCCAAAAUUAUGAACGAAAAUUUUGUCAACAUUAAAGUGGACCGCGAAGAGCGUCCGGACGUUGAUAGGAUUUAUAUGACAUUUAUUCAGGCUACGCAGGGUGGCGGAGGUUGGCCAAUGAGCGUUUUCCUGACGCCGGAUUUGAAACCUAUCACGGGCGGAACGUACUUUCCGCCUACUGAUCAGUAUGGUCGGCCUGGUUUUCCUGCUAUACUGAAGAGAAUAUCUGAUGUGUGGAAACAUCAGCAUGCAGAUGUCCAGCGGCAAAGCACGGCGCUGAUGGAGGCAUUACGCAGUGGGGUCAUCAGUACGACGGAUCCUGAUGCGCAAAUGCCCACGGAAGCGACAUUUAUUCAGUGUUACAACAGUUAUGCCAAAAAAUUCGAUCAGGCUCAAGGUGGCUUCGAAGGGGCUCCAAAAUUUCCUUCACCCGUGAAUUUUAAUUUCUUGUUUCGAGCCAGCAUGCUGCCGGAUGCUAAGACAAAAAUGCCGAAAGCCAGGGAAAUGUGCUACAAAACUCUGGACUGUAUGGCUAAUGGUGGAAUAUACGAUCAUAUCGGAUUUGGAUUUCAUCGUUAUUCUACGGAUGGAAACUGGCAUGUGCCACAUUUCGAGAAAAUGCUGUAUGAUAACGCUCAGCUUUUAUCGUCAUAUAUCGAAGCUUUUCAGCUCUCAAAAAAUCCGGCAUAUGCGGAAAUUGCCCGGAAUAUUGUGGAGUAUAUUUCGCGAGAUAUGACAGAUCCGCGGGGAAUUUACUCAGCCGAAGAUGCGGAUUCCCUUCCACCAGAUGGAACUGGUCAUAAGAAAGAAGGAGCGUUUUAUGUUUGGACGCAUGACGAAAUUGAUAAAGCGCUUUCCGAAACGGUGCUAACAUCGACGGGCCAAAUUACCCGUGCAGAAAUUUUUAAGCGUCGGUUUGAUGUCCAGAAAAAGGGAAAUGUAGAUCCACAUCAAGAUCCGCAUGAUGAACUUCGAAAUCAAAAUGUUCUAAUAAUCCGACACAGUGUGCACGAAUUAGCCGAACACUUCGGUCUUUCCAAUCAACAAGUGGUUGAUAUUUUGGAGGAUAGCCGGAAAGUGCUCUUUGAUAUUCGCUGUCGGCGUCCACGGCCACAUCUGGAUGAUAAGAUGAUAACAGCUUGGAACGGGUUGAUGCUUAGCGGACUGAGUAAAGCUGCUCAGGCCCUGCAAGACGAGUCGAUACUGUCUAAAGCCAAACAAAUUGCGUCCUUUGUGGAACAGUAUUUAUUCAAUAAGGAAAAGGAGAUUCUGUUGCACAGCGUGUACAAAAGUGAAUCGGCUCCUUCUCAAAUAAAUCAGCCCAUCGAAGGAUUCUGUGAAGAUUACGCCUGUUUUAUUCGUGGUUUACUUGACCUGUACGAAGCAUCGUUCCGGCCUGAAUACCUGCGAUGGGCAUUCACGUUGCAGCGCAAGCAGGAUGAACUGUUCUGGGAUACAGAUGAUGGGGGAUACUUUUCCUCGCAUUCAGGAGACAAAACACUAUUGUUGCGCUUAAAAGAAGAAUCAGACGGAGCGGAGCCGUCGCCAAAUUCAGUGUCCUUAUCCAACUUAUUGCGCCUAUCUCUAAUAUUCGAUAACGAUGACUGGAAAAAGAAAGCAGUGCGCAUGUUUCUGGUCUUCAGUGAUCGUUUCGAGAAGAUUCCCCGUGCGGUACCGGAAAUGGUAUCGGCAUUGAUGUUUCAUUUACACAGUCCCAUUCAGAUUGUGAUUUGCGGAGAACGACGUGAUCCAAAGAUUCAGGAAAUGAUAGCGACUGUUCAGCGCGCAUAUUUACCGUUUAAAUGUUCGGUGCUGAUGGACAAGGAAAAUGUGGAGGUUUUGAAACCGCUGAUGAACGACCCCGCCACUUUUGUGGCCGCGGGAUCAUCCGAUGCGGCCAGUGUUCAUAUGUGCAGAAACUUCGCGUGUGGAGCGCCGAUACAAGACAUUAAACAGCUCGAGAAGCAACUUUCGCAACUGGUAUGAUAUUGUGGUACUGUAAUUCGAAAGUUGUUCGGAAAUCAAACAAACUGUUUACUUAUUGUUAGUCUAAUGGAAAUGUGCCAAAUGUUUCGCAAUAUUAAAAGGUUUUUUUCUGGUGCGCUAGUCUGUAACACUGUUGUUGUUUCUCGAUUUGGUGAAAAAGUACCGUAAGGGUUUUUAAAAAGUUCAAUUAAAUAGUUUGUAAAGUUAUAAACUUUUUGUAAACU